AUGUAUUUAGAAAAUAAUGAUAACUUAAGUGCGAAAGAUAAAUUAAAUUUAAAUACAUAAAGAGAUUUAAAUAUAAGGUAAACCAGCUAAUAAAAAUACAGCAAUUUGUGCUACUUGCUUUUAAAAAUUUCCACUAAUUAAGAUAAAUCCAAAUUUCAUCAUAAUUUACAGAAAAAGCAAAAGUACUUAAGCAACUAUAUAGAUAUAUUUAAUUAAGAAAUGCUUAUUUUCUAUUGGGUAAAACAUGCAAAAGGUACUGUCUUUAUUAGAACUUCCUAAAACUUUAUUUCAUCAUUUCUCAAUUCCUAAAGAUCCUCUAAAAAUACUGAGAUAUCAUUAGGUAAUAAUUUAGAUAAGAUUUAAACAUUAAAUGCUAAGGAUAUUGUAAUUGGGGCUGAUUUCAAUAAAGAAAUGCAUUUAAUGAAAAUUUGUCAAUACAAAUUUACUCAUAGUAAAAAUCUUAGUAAUCAUCCCAUUGCUAAACAGUUUGUAUCUCUAAAGAUUUAUAUAUAUAAUCUCGAUAAAUUUAUAUAGAUAUUUAGAUCAUCUGCUUAAGAAAAAUCUUUUGAGAAAGAAUAGAUUCGUGAAUUUAAUCUUAAUUUUGCUAAUCUGGUCAUACAGUCUUAACACAUAAGAAAAUAGACCACCGUUUAAGAUGUGAAUUAAGAUAAAAGUUGA